AUGGAAGAUUUGUUAUUCUGGAUAAGAUCACCUACAAAAACCGAAUCAGGUGCUGCUUAUAGUGCACUAACAACACCUUUUCCAUCCCCACUUAAACCAACCACGACGAUCGCUGCUGUUACCAAUGCUAAUGGUGGUUCUGCUCGCCGAACAUACAAUCACAUUGUUCAUUUUACGCAACAACAAAAUAAUAAACAAGAUGAAUAUGAUGGCUUUGUAGAGAGGGAAGACCAGUGUGUAUAUCAGGGCAAAGGCGACGAUGAUUCUUUUGAUUCUUUCUUUAAUGACGAGGAGGAAGAAGAAAUUCCAAGUCCAACACCAUUAUCCAGAUUUGCAAAAGGAAAAUUUAAGGCAAUCGAUAUUAAUCAAAGAAAUGAGUAUGAUUUUACUGCCGCUGCCAUUGAACAGUCACAAGUAGUAACAACAACAUCAUCGGAAGAUGAUAUGUUUGAGCAUGAUAUCGGUGAAAGUGCAAAAAUACAACAUCGGUAUCUCGAAUUACCAUCAUCUAAACUAAAACUUAUGAACGCGCGAGAACUGUACUUUGCUGCUCGGGAAGAGGAAGCGGAGCGUCGAAAAAUUGAGGAGAUUAUAAUACAGGAGGAUCUAGAACGCUUACAUGAGUUUAGUUUUUUGGAGUUGGUCGAGUGGGUUUGGGAUUAUUAUUCGUUGGAAUGA